UUCCCCAAUAACAGAAGCUUCAUCUCCUCUCCAUAGAUCAGCCCAUGGGUCAUUUGUGGACUGUUGUCACGCAUCUCCACUCCUUGGCUGGGCCAACCAUUACACUGGUCUACCCAUUGUACGCGUCGAUUCAGGCCCUCGAGAGCCCGUCGAAGCUUGACGAUGAGCAAUGGCUAGUCUACUGGAUUCUGUACUCCUUCCUCACUCUCUUGGAGAUGGCCGCUGAGUCCAUCUUGUACUGGGUACCUGUCUGGUAUCAGAUCAAGUUGGUAUUGGUGGCUUGGUUGGUGCUCCCACAGUUCAGGGGUGCUGCCUUUGUGUAUGACAACUUUGUAAGGCAACGAUUAAGGAAGUGUGAGGAGGGCAAAGCUGCAGAUUGCAGUUCUUCCUCUCCCAAGGACAAGAACAUGAGCAGCAAGAGAAGUGGAGCCUCCAAGGACAAGGAUAACGACAAGAAUAAAUUUGCACCAUUUGUUACCCUGAAGAAGGCAAACAUUAAUUGAUCCUUUGGGUGCUUGUCUAUGGACCUAAUUAUCAGCUGUAGAACAAAUAUUUCCUCUUUUGUUGCUGUUCAGUGGUAGAUUGCCUUCUCCAUAGGAAAUACUGUGUAUAGUCAACCUUGUCACACAAUGUUUUAUGUAUUGAGUUGUACCAAAGUUUUCUUUCAAGAAUGAUGUU